AUGCACCUCUCCCUACCCCUCAUCCUCGUCCUCACCACCCUCUUCGCCCACCAAACAACAGCAUCUUACCUCGUCACCUCCCCAAACGCACCCCUCUCCAAACGCGACGACUCCGCAGUCCAAGGCUGGGCCCUCGUAGAAGAUGAAUGCCCCUCCGGCACCGGCACCUGCGGCGCCCGCUCCUGCUGCCCCCUCGACUCCUGGUGCGACACCUCCGAGACGGAAUACUCUAAUAUCUGCUGCCCUACGCGCGAAGGAUGCGGCUACAACGUAACCCACCUCUCCUCGCGUUGCGCGGUGGAUACCUGGGUCCUCUUCACCACGAACAAAGACCCGAUAUGCUGCCUACCAGGCGAGGUCGGUACUGACGCUGCCGCGAGCGAGAAUUACGGACAUUGUGUGCCGGCUGGUGUUGCGUUGCCGGCCAGUGUUGGGAGUGCGACCUUGAUCGGGUCCGGGGGAACGACGAUACCUCCUGCGCUGCCGGUUGGGUUGUCGACUACGGCUGGGGCGACGACAAGUUCGAUGAGGGCUGAGAGUUCGUUAACGAGUACGAACGGUGUUGAAAGUUCGGCUAGUAGGACCGGUUCAGGUGUGAGUACCGGUAGUGUGCAGGCGACAUCUGCUUCGACGGGCGCAACUGCUACUGUGACUGUGAAGUCUGGCGCUGAGAAGUUGGUAUUUGCUCCUCUGCUUUUAGGGACUUUCUUUGGUGUUUUGAUGGUGUUUUGA